UCUGUGGUUUGAACUCUACAAUUUCUGAUAACCACAAUUUUUGUCAAAACAGAACCAAUUUUCUAAAACAAAAUUUAUCGUUAUCAUGGCUUGGACAAAUAUAAAAUGUUGUUUGAGCAACAUAAAAGCGUGGACACCAGAGAUAAAUUCAAUACGUUUCCGUUAUCAUGCUGAUAAAGUUAAACGAGGUCCCUUAUUGAGGAGGUUUGGUUACGAAAAUCCAAUAUUACAAGAGGGCUCACUCCCCAGAAUUAAAGAUGCGAAACCCCUCCCAAUGCCCCAAUAUCACCCUAAGAAUUCAUGGAACCAAAAAAGAGCUUUAUUUGGUCAAAAUGAUUAUGUUGAUAUUCUUGGAAAUGAAAAAUUACAUCCGACAAGAAUACUUUACAAUAUGCCAUAUUGGCUUAGAGGUGUCGGUGGCAAUGAAUUUCAAGUGAUGAUCAGGAAAAGAAGGAUGUUGGCUAAAACCGUGUAUCCGCUGGCUAGGCCAACGAAGUGGUAUCAGUUAGAAAAGAGAAUAAAUUAUUUGUACAGAUUCAUGAACAGGAAGACUAGAACAGGAUAUUCACAUCAGUGAUUUCAAGACAUUGACUCAAUGUUAGGCACUAGUAUUUUAGACAAUAUUAUUGUCUGCUGUAUCUGUAUGUUAAAGGUAUGUUAAAUUCAAUAAAAUUUCAUUUGCA